UAAUCAGUCACUUUUAUUAUCGAAAGGACAUACUAUUAACCAGAUUGUUUUGCCAUCGACUCCUCUGUGUUCUGAAAAAAAAGAACAUUAUAAUAAUAUGUCGUAUGCAAUGCUCUAACAUUAUCAUGAAAUAUGAGUACAUUGCUAGAGUUUAUUAAGGUGACUAACACCUUUUUAAAGAAAAAGAAAAAUAUUAGACAAGUAUUUAUUAGAAAAUGAAAUGAGAGCAAAAAUCAUGAAAGGCCACGCUACGCUUCAAUUAAUACGAGCAGUCGCUUUUUUUCAAAUUUUUUUGCAUUCACUUCAGUAAACAAUCGUUUAUGCAGUCACCUACAAAGCAAGUGAAACUUUCGAGUACAACAAUCGAAUAAAAGUACUAUUUCUUCAGUUAAAUCUUCUUCCCCUAAUGAAAGGUUACCUGAAUCCCAAGCAUUAUCUGCAUCACUUGCUAAUAGUAUAGAAUGUAGAGCUGAUAUACAAAAAUAUUGUGUUAAAGGUGGUUCAAAACUUAUUUCUAAUUUGAAAGUAUUACAAUGUAUUGAUGACCUUGAUCAUGUGAAUGUGAUAAGCAAAGAGUGUCAAAAUCGUAUUUAUAAAUUUAAAUACAAUAUGACACAUAAUGUACGUUUUGAUGAUGGAGCAAUUAAACUCUGUGAAAAGGACAUUAAAUUAUUAGAUGAAUGCAAUGAAUAUACAGAUGAACGCGGAACUGGUCGACUUGUUUCAUGUUUGUAUGAUCGUUUGGCUAAUAUAACUGAACCAUCUUGUCGUAAUUAUAUCAAUCAAUUAGAAUCAAUUAUAUUUACUGAUUGGCGUUUAUCAGAAUACUUUGCUACUGCAUGUUUGCAGGAUAUUACAGAUCUCAAAUGUGGACGAUUAGAUGAUGAUAACGAAACUAUACCACAUAAUCAAGGUGCUGUCAUCGCAUGUUUAUCGAAAAAAAAGGAUAAAUUAUCUCCAAAAUGUUUAAAACACACAUUUCGAUUGCAUGAAAUGCAAUCCAAUGAUUAUCAUCUUGACCGUGCCUUAUAUUCUGCAUGUCGUGAAGAUCGUGAACGUUUUUGUUCUCAAGUUACAAGUGGAAAUGGUCGAGUUUAUCGAUGUUUAUAUGAGAAUAAGUUUAACAGUAUGAUGUCAACAGCUGUAAAUAUAAUAAUCAAUCCAUAA